GCUAAUAAACUUUGUCAUUAUCGAGUACAUUAUAAAUUUGGAGAAUUUCCACCGACAUUCAGCGGAUGAGCCAGAGGGUGAACGUCCUAGUAGAGUGAAUCGGAACCGUAGCAAUCUUGUAAACGGAACAAAUCCUCACAUAUGCGAAUGCGGGUAGUGCGAAAUAGUGGGGACAUAUGGCAGCUGCUUUGCUGCUUAAUGAUACCUAAUGCGCCCAUACUAAUCGCCGGCGCGGUACGCGCAACGACAGAAGGAGGAGGAGAAAGAGGAGGAAAAAACGCGUCCUCGAAGAACGCAGCGGCAGAAUACUCGCGCAACGUCGGAGCAAGACGAAGCCGGUGUGGGAGGGUGAGAGUCGAUGUGGUAGUCGUUAUUGAUUGAACGCGAAGCCGCGCGUUUAAUCGCGCAAGCUCGUCGUCCGCCCUGAAUGAAGUGACGUGCUCUCUCGCAUAUGGAGACGCGAAUAGAGAAACGAUAAGACCUGUGCAGGGCCCACAGCAGCCGAGACCAGCAGCAGUGACGACGACGAGAGGAUGCUCCUUCAACGGGGCUGUACUUGGCUGACGUUAGUGCCUCUCCUGCUGAGCCUGGCCACUGGCGAUCACUUUUAUCGGGAUUCCAGCCCCUUGGGAUAGAGUACGAGCACGAGAAUAAUGAGCGGAUAAUCCAAGAUGAUCCUUCAUAAUGCGCUCUCGGAAACGUCGGAGGAUGUCGCGCUGAAGCACUUGGCCCGCUAUUUAGAGGCACAUCGCCUUCAGCAACGUCUUCAUCGGUCGCACCUGCCUAUAUUCCUGUCGCCGAUGCAUAAGAAGCACAACAAUGCGCUGGACCGUCAAGAGGAGCGCGAGAAUCUAAAAUUUCCGGCUGACAGAAAAGUCGCUCUGGAAAACCUGGAGUCCUGGGGCCCGUACAACCUGCAGAAGUUCUGGACACGGUGGCUAACGCCUCAUUAUCGCCCAAAUAAUAACAAUCUACUCGCCGAUCAAAUUACGCCGAAUCGGGAACCGAACUAUCUCUCGCCUUAUUACAAUCUGAAUCUCAAGCGUCCGGUUUAUACCGAACGGAAACAACCAAAUAAGAAUGACGAUCGUUUCUCCAAAAAUCUUGAAUAUGAGCAAAUUUUCGAUGUAUUGGACUCCAACAGAGAUGCGUUGGAGUCUAUGCUAGAUUCCUUCUCAGAUAAUUAUGUCGGUUACAAUCACGAGAUGGAAACGUUGCACCAUGAGGGCGGAAGGGGAGCAGCACCUAUGGGUCCGGUAACGGCAGGGGAAUCGGGGACGACCAAACCAGAAUUCACGUAUAAAUUUGACAACUCAAAUCUCAAGGAGAAACAUCCGUUUGCGGUAAAGCCGAACGAUCCCAGAUACAAUGGCGAAACACCCUUUUCAUCAGGUAAACAUAUAGAUGAUUUAGAUUGGCAAGAUGCACCGGAAAUGAAUUGGAAUGAGGAAGAGACUGCGGAUAAAGAACGAAUAAUAAAACACGAAGACAAAAUGCGAAAUGUCAACCAGAAAACACCGAAGGACUCGACCGCAAGACUCGAUAUAUCGGAACCGGAAAGAUUUGCGGGACAUCAUCCGGUGAUCGUGCCAGUAAAUCACGACUUCAACAAUGAUAUUUAUUUUAUCGCCAUUGUAGCCGGUUGCAGUGCAGCUGCGAUGUUUGCUCUAGUACUGAUCAGUUUAACGUGGUGCAGACUACAACGCGGUGCGAAAGCUGCAGCGGACAUAGAAUAUCCUGCUUAUGGUGUGACAGGUCCAAACAAGGAUGUAUCGCCUUCCGGUGAUCAGAGACUUGCCCAGUCCGCUCAAAUGUAUCACUUUCAACAUCAGAAGCAACAGAUUAUCGCCAUGGAAAAUCGCACUUCUGCAACAAGGGACCCAGGUUCUCUUUCAGAAGCGGAGAGUGAUGAGGAGAAUGAGGAGGGCGAUUAUACCGUUUACGAAUGUCCAGGACUUGCAUCUACGGGCGAAAUGGAAGUGAAGAAUCCGAUGUUCCACGACGAUCCUACCCCGGCGACGCCGGCGAAGCAGAACAACAAAGAAGAGGACCACAAAUAGUUCCAAUAGAGUAGAGAGUAAAAAAAUAAGCGCGCGAUCUAAAGAAAUCUUUCCUGGUGCUUAGCUCACUGUUAAUGUACCAUAUCGGAAACGUUUAUCUAUUACAUUGAGUGUAUACAACUUUAAUAUUUAUAUAUGGCGCGAUAAAGGAUUAAGAGUUUUAUCCGGGAAGACGGAGAAAGAGAGAGAGAGAGAAAGAGAGAGAGGAAAAAGAUCGAUUCGAUACAAAAACGAUCGAUGUCACUUUUCGUUCCGGAAGUAAAACAAACGCUUAUCUACAUAGUAAAUAAAAUCGAAACAGAAUAAACGGGUCAAUAGAUUUGUAAUUUUAUGCGGGUAGGUUUAGUACCCGCGGUUCGUGUCAGUCACAUCGUCGAGUUGGUGAAUCGAAUCGAUCAUACGAAAUGUCGACGGUACUUCUUCAAGGAAGUUCAAUCCUAGAAAACACCAGUUUUUUUUAGUUAUAUUAUUAUAAGUAAAACAUUAAAAAAGGCGAAGUUUAUAUCGUCUUUUUUCCCCUACAUCAGGGAGUCAGUUUUCUUAGCACACAGAAACAUUACGUUGUUUUAACGCAAUUUUACGAACGGAAGUAAUGGAGAAUGGGGAGCCAAUUAACCGACGAUCAAAACUGCAUCUGUGCGAGAACACCCAAUUUUCUAAUGUGACGUACUAUAGUUUGUACUUUCAUAGUAGAAGCAGUUGCCGCACGAUCGUAAUUAUUUUUCUAUGACUCUCGAUCGCACAGCACUGAUAUCUGAGGAACACUCAAUAAUAUAUUCGAUGGAUAUAUUCAUCGAACAUACGUGCUAUGUGAACGUCUGUAAACGAAAGUCUGUCGUCCGAGAUUACAUUCUCUUGAAAGUAAAAAAAAGGACUAUAACUGUUAGUUUUUGAGAUGGUCUAUGGUCACGCCCUAAUUCGAAUCUGUUUAGUACAUCGAUCGGACGUACAUGGAAAGUUAUACAGCAUUAUUGUAUAAUCACAUGAUUAUAUGUCACGAAAAAUCUUAAUUCUUAUACAUUUUUGUCUUAAGGUAUACAAGUAUAAGUAUUAUAUUAAACAGUGUUUCGGAGAAUCCGUUUUACACGCACGGGGAACAGAACGUGAUAUGUUGGAUUAUUUCUGUCGCUGCAUGUUUCUGUUUUUUUUUUGUCAUAAAAGUGUGUUAAUCAAUGUUACAGUUUAAGUUUAUCUGUUGUAUUAUUUUUAGAUAGAUAUAUUAAACGACGACCCGCGGCUAACUUCUUUACAAGUCACGAUAUGUUUCAUCAUUUUUAUCGUAAUUUCGUUCUAAACAAUUUCUCAAUUUUCUGAAAAAAAAAAUCAAUUAAAAAUCUCUAACGUUAUUAUUCAUGAAUGCGUGCUAAAUAUAAGGUAAUACUAAGUUUUUAUUAAAUUUAUCUAAAUUUUAUUUGAUAGGAGCAAUUUGUUUGUAUACCGUUGCGUCUUGUUAUGGUAAUCAAAAGGUCUCAAAUUAUCUUCUUUUUAUAUGAUACGAAAGAGUCAAUCGGAUGGGCCGUACAAACAUGCAAAUUAAGCUGUUAAGUUUUCCAGCUUUGAAAGUGCGGCGUAUUUCUUUCUGACUAACGAUUGGAGAUGUGCUUGCUGCGAGAUAACUGUUCUCUUUCGACAAAAUUGUCGAUAGAUAUAUACAUACACACAUACAAAUACACGUACAACAUCUGUUGGCUUAAAAGGACAAUAUAUUUUAUUUUUCUAUGAUAACUUGUCAUUGUUAGCUGUGUAUAAAAGAGAAUCUAUAUCGCUAUAUUUAAUCCUUAAGUCAAAGGCAGAGCUACUAUUUAUUUUAGCGAAUACUAAAUGUCUAUUUAAUGCGAGAAUUUAAUGCAGUAGCUAAUGAGAGGCACACACAUUGCCCUCCAUCUCUUAUGUUGUAGCUGUUACAAAAUCUUUUCUCUAUUCGCCAUUAUUAUGCUAACAAUACAGGCAUGUGGCAUUAAGAUCUAAGUGGUACAAAGAGUUCUUCCUUUUCCCGAUGCUACCUAGUACGUUAUUAAGCGAUUAAUGUACCUUUAGCUGAUGAGUGUGACUGAUAUGUUAAAGCAUGAAUAUACGUUUCUAGUCUUGUGCCGCGACACUACGACAUAUAUAUUAUUACACGAGUACAUUAAACGCGUGUAAGCAGAGAGAGAGAGAGAGAGAGAGAGAGAGAGAGAGAGAGAGAGAGAGAGAGAGAGAGAACACUAUGAACAGGACAAUCUGUGCGUACAAAUAGACUAUGACGUACAGAGAUUUGUAGCAUGAUUGUGCAUGUUGUAUCUACUAUCCAGGAGAGUAGGAAAUUAUUUGUCGAUUGAAUUAAAACUUAAUCCCGCAUUGAAAAUUAAUAUAAUCUCACUUUGCAACGUCCAUUUUAAUUGUACGCGGACAUUACACGCGACAUUAUUUUCACUCUUAUUAAUCAAAAAAAAAGCAUAAAAAGGACAUAUAUACAAGUUAUAGAUAAAUGUAUUAUUAUUUUAUUAAUAAAUUGUUUAUUUUA